UAUAUAGACGCCGGCGAUGGAAGCACAGACUCGCUCACAGCGAACAUAUAGCUCAGCUAGCCAAGGUCUCCUUCUCUUUCUUACGUGUGCGUACAUAGACACGCUGAGCCAGCCGGCCAUGUCUGCCGCCGCCUGUGUCUCCUUCUGCCCCUCCCCCGCGUCUUCCCGCCACGGCGCCGGACCGAUCGUCGACGUCGUCGUCGGGCUGCCCCCGGCUACGGAGGCGGAGGAGGAGCGCGGCGCCGGGAGGGGCCUCCUUGAGUUCGGCGCCGACGGGAUGAUCGGCGCCAGCAGUGACAGUGACCAAGAUGCUGCUGCUGCUGCUGAGAUCGAUGACGAGGAAAAGCACCCGGUGAGGAGGUCACGGGCGGUGGUUCAGAAGUUCAUGUGCGAACGCAAGGUUGUCGGCGACGGCUUCGCUCUCAGGAGGAGCAUUGGCAGGCCUGAGUUGCAGAGCUUGGAUCCUUUCAUCUCCUUGGAUGAGUUUGAAUUUUCUCGUCCAGCUGGCUUUUCUGAUCAUCCACACCGAGGAUUCGAGAAUGUUACCUACAUGCUUGAGGGAGGCUUGAGUUACCAUGACUUUUCCGGCCACAAGGGCACAGUAAACACCGGAGACGUUCAGUGGAUGACGGCCGGGCGCGGUGUGGUGCACGCGGAGAUGCCGGGUGGUGAGGGGGUGCAGAGGGGCCUCAACCUCUGGCUCAACCUCUCCUCAAAGGACAAGAUGGUGGCGCCGAGGUACCAGGAUUUGAGGAGCCGCGACGUCGCCUCGGCGGAGAAGGACGGCGUGUCCGUCAAGGUCAUCGCCGGCGAGGCCCUGGGCGCGCGCUCGCCGAUCCAGACGCGCACCCCGGCCAUGUGGCUCGACGUGACCAUGCAGCCUGCCGCGUGCCUGCGCCAGCCCGUCCCGGCCGGCUGGACCGCGUGCGCCUACGUCCUCGACGGCGAGGCAAGCUUCGGUCAGCCAGGCGACGAGGCGGCCGGCGCGCACCAGUGCGUCGUGUUCGGCGGCGACGGCGACGGCGUGGACGUGCGAACCGGCGGCGCGCGGGCGCGGUUCCUGCUGCUGGCGGCGCGGCCGCACGGCGAGGCGGUGGCGAUGGACGGCCCCUUCGUGAUGAACACGAGCGAGGAGGUGCAACAGGCCAGGGAGGACUACCUGAACCGCCGCAACGGCUUCGAGUUGGCCGCCGGCUGGUCCUCUGGCCAGUGACCGACCAUAGCCGUGCAUUCACAAACAUUGGUGGGCCAACAACAGAAGCAGUCGACGGCAUUGCAUGUAUUUUCUUUCCUGGCCCAGUAGUGAUCGGGCUAGCCUCAAAAUCCAAUUCAAUGGCCCAGGGAAAUAUAAGGUUCUAGUCGAGAUAUAAGUGUUGUUUCCGGCAAAAGAUAAAUACAAGCAUUGCAUGAUGAUCACAUUUUUGAAA